UCAGAAUUUGUAAAAAUAAAAUCAGAAUUUCUAAAAUCAGAAAUAAACCUGAAUAGAAAAUUAGAAUUAAGAAAACAAUUUUUUAAAUUACGAAACUACUACAAAAGAAAAGAAAAAAACUACAGGAGAGAAAAGAUAAGAAAGAAAGAAGAGAAAAAAACAUUCGUGUCAGCCAUGUAUUUUUCCCUCUUUGUUAUGCAGACCUCCCAUAUAUUCGCAGAUUAUACUUUAUAUUUUUCCUUCAUAUCUAGGGAAUAAUUUAAUUAAAACAAAUACCUGUAAUUGAUAAAUUUUUAAAAGAGCGGCGUUGGAAAGAGCUUGGGCAAGUGCAGAUCAAACUAGAGGACGUUUUUCUAUGGAAAGAAUUAAAGGAAGUUUGGAGGUUUUUGAGCAAGAUUCAAAAGACGAAUUACCUCCACAAUUGGGCGUUUUCUUCCGUUCUCCACUUUUUGUGUUAAGUGAAAAAGAGGUAGAUGAAGAAAAACAACAACAAGUAAAACUUCCUGAAAUAGAGAGGCAAAGGCGCCAAGCUGUUUCUGAUUGUCGUUAUCAGGUUCAAAUAUUCUUCAACAAUUUAUUAGUUUGUUCUUCAGAAGAACACAAAUUAGAAUGGCCUUCAUUUUCCGUUCCUUUUGGAGAAAUUAUUUCACUUCGUGUUUUUGAAAAGCCUAAACAAUUGUCUAUUUUAUUAAAAGAAAAAUUUGGAGGAGGAAAUUGGCAAUUAUUAGCUGAAAUUUUUAUUCCUUUACCUAAAAUAUUGGAAGGGGAGGAAGUGGAGGAGGAGGAAGAUGAAGAAAUUAUUAAAAAUAAAUGGAUGUCAAAAACUGGAAUACAAUUUGCUAGUACUAUUGUUAGGGGAAGUUACAAAGGAAGUCUAGGUUGUGGACAAGGAGGUUUAUUACCAUUUACUCAAGGACGUCUUUUUUGUUCAUUAAAAUGGAAAGGUUUUGAAGAUGAAAAUAUUGGAGGGAAAAGAAAUUUUCAAAAAAUAAAAAGAAGAGGAAGAACAACAAAAACAACAAUAAAAUCUUCAAUUUUGUAUCAACCAAGUAUUUUAUGCCCAGAAGAAAAUUUACAAAAAGAUUCACGUUUGUUGAAAUUAGAAAGGCGUUGGAAUGAAGAAAAAAGUGAAGGAAGAGGAGGAGGAGAAAAACUUACUAAAAGAAUACCAAUAAAAAUUGAAAAAAUGGAUUUGAAGAAAGAGGAGGAGGAGGAAGAAGAAACUAAAUUUGACGAGGGAAGAAGAAGAAGAAAAAUGGAAGAGGAGGAAGAAGAAAAUGAAUUGGAAAGGCAUUUAAGACUUGGGAAAGAAUUUGUGUUAAAAUUGAGAGAAAAUUUGCGUCAAAGUGGUGAACAACAACGCAAAUUAAAAGAUUUGUCACAAUAUGUAAGAGAAGAACCAUUACCUAAAUUAUCAUUUGGAUUACUUACUUUUUUACUUAAUGGACGCCAAGUUGAUUUAAGUAGACGUUUAAAACCUUUUAGAGGAGAAGGAGGAAAUGUUGGUGUUUUGGAACGUGGCUUUAACCAAGAUAAAAAAUCUUUAAAUUGGACAAAAAUUUUACUUAAUAUACAAAGCGCAAAUGCUGUGCCUCAACGUAUAAAUAAUGAACCAAUGCAAAUUUAUUUGGUUUGUUCAUUAAAGGGUCAAACCCAAAUAACCUCUAUAAGUGAUGGUCAUCAACCUAACUGGCAUGAAACUUUAAUUUUUGAUAUUCAAUUAAAUGAGGAGGAAGAUGAAGAAACGAUUUUGACAGUUGAAUUAUUUGAUAGAGAAAUAAAACCUUUUGAGGGGGAUGAUAGAGAAGUAGAUAUAAGGCACGAACGUGUAGAGAAUCGAUGGCUUGGUUUUGGACAAAUUUUAUUAAAUUCAAAAGCUCUCAACUAUUGGACAAAGACAAAAUUGGAUGGAUAUUUAUCUUUACAAACACCUCUUUUUUAUACUGGUUAUAAUUUGUCAUCAAAUGAAGAAGGACUUCCUACAACCCUUCGUAUACGUUUAAGUGUUGAACGCCAAUCAUUUAUUACCCGAUUAAGUGCCUCUGAACAAUUACAAGAAAAUACGCUUGGUGAAACUGAUUUAAUUACAACAGAAUGUCUUAAAUUAGAAUCAAAAUUACGUCAACGGUUCCCGAAUAGAAGGAUAAUUUCUUUGGCUAUUAAUUCAAGUGGGAGAAGAAUUGCAAUAUGUAAAUAUUUGAGAGAAAUAAAUCCACCAAUUCAAAUAAUUAAUUUAUUCAAUUCUGGUCAAAAUAAAAAAGCUGUUAAAUUGGCUUGCAAGAUGAUAGCCUUAAUUCCGUUAAUUAAUGAAAGGAUGGAGAAAUUGAAAGAAUUUGUAUUACCUAUUUGGUUAACUGUUGAGGAGGUUAUCCGUAUUGGUUUUGCCUGUGCAGAUGAAUUAGCACUAGUUUUAUGUUGUUGGCUUUUAGGGCUUAAAUUAAAUUGUUAUAUUUUGCUUGGAUCAACAUUAUCUAAUGGACCAAAUAGUUCUUUUGUUUUAGUUCAAUUUAAUAAUGAAGAACAGUGGAUAAUUGAUCCAACUACUGGUCACCAUUAUUCUCCAACAAAUCCCAACUGUCCACAAUUAUCAAUUGGUACAAUAUUUAACAAUAAAAAUAUAUUUAUUAAUAUACAAAAUGAUGAACAUCCUUCUCAAUUAAAUUUUGAUUUUACAAAGAAGAAUAAUUGGGAAAAUAUUUUUUGUUUUGAAAAAUUGUCAACUACUACUACUAGUCAAGCUUUGGUUUCUAUUCAAUCCGAAUAUUUACAAUAUGAACCUUUGAAAGAAAUUAGUUCAAGUUUUUUAUUGGAAUUGAGAACAAGUUUAGAAAGAGAAUUACGCUUAGCAUUUGAUGAAACAAGACCUUUUGCUAUCCCUCAGUGGAAUUUGUUGGCUUCUAGGUAA